AUACUUGAACUUAGAAUAAGUAGAUUCUCGCCCGGAUAAAUUAUUAUAGUUCUUUUCGAAAAAGUAUUCCUUUUAAUAAUUGAUUUUAUCAAAUUAUUUGAAGGCAAUGUGCUUAUAUUUUAUAUCUCAUUAAAUUAUUUUGAUUUUGGACUUUGUAAACAAUUUGCAAAGGGUCUCUUAUUUUAAGAAGCCCACUUUCUCAUUAAGUGGACCGAACAUGUAUAUAUAUAGAUAUAUGUGUGUUUUUGCAUGAGUUUUUAAUCAAUUUUUGGGGCAGUAGAAUUGACACAUUACAUUGUUAUCAAUUAGUUUUAAUGCAUGAUAGGGGGUAGUUCCACGUCCCCAGUCUUCUCCCAUAAAAAUCCUCUCCAUACUUGUUUCAGUUUGACACCAAACUACAGAUUUCCUCCACUAAAUUCUUUACAGCCUCAACACAAUUUCAAUUACAUCUACAAAUCCUCUUUUGCCAUCAAUAACAGCUCAAAAUCGCAGCCCUGCAAAAUUUACUUCAUACCAGAACUCAUUAAGGUCCACUUGAGAGAAGGAAUUAGCUUUGCUUUUACAAGAAGAGAAUUGUACAUCUUUUAUCUACAGGCUUGUUCUAUCGAGGUUGAGCGGCAGAUGGUGUCGUGCGAAGCUGAGGGAGGGUGUUGCUGUAUUCCCAAAUGAAUGUCAAGAAUAAUUUCCGCUGCCAUAGUAUUCACUAAGAUGGAUAUUAUUUGAGAUUAAUUUUUUUUUAUAUAUAUGAACUCCUGAUGUUAUCGCUUUCCUAGCGAUUAUUCCUCUCAUAUAUUAUUUGCUUAGUACUAAAUGUUAUCUUUUUGUCUCAGACCUCCGAACUUUUGAUCCUGGUUGGGAGAAUUUCUAUCUAAGUUGUCAUAUUUAUUAUCCUUCAAUUACGAAAUUCCUUUAUUAUGAAUGUGUCACCCAAAUCUAAGGACAUAUCACCUAUUUUAUCCGAGCAAAGUCUAGAAAUCCCAUUAAGUAGCACGUUUCCUAUUCUCCCGGGAACGAGGGCUGUCACAGAUGGUAUCAGAGCGAAAGUUCUUGGCUCUGAGACCGCAAGUUCAUUGAUGUUGAGUCUAGGAUAGCAUCUCUAGACUUCUAAAAGUUUAUACAGCAACCCUCAGCUCGUCGUCACACUGCCCUCAACCAAGGUAUGUUAAUCAUGUUUUCAAAAUGUUUACUGAAAUGCAUGCACCAAAUGAAUAUGUUAUAAAACAUGUUAAGAUUGAAUAUGCACUGAGAUAGAACAUGCAUUAUGAUUGAACAUGCAUUGAGACGGAACAUGUAUUGAGACUGAACAUGCAUAGAGACGGGACACGCAUUGAGACUGAACAUGCACUGAGACAAAACAUGCGUUGAGACGGAACAUGUAUUGAGACUGAACAUGCAUUGAAACACAGCAUGUAUUGAAACUAUAAACGCACUGAGACUGAACAUGCAUUGAGACAGAAUAUACGUAUUGAGACUGAACAUGCAAUAAGAAUGGAUGUGUUUUGUGAUUGAAUGCAUUGAUAUGAAUUGUGACUGAACAUACACUGAAGCGGAUCAUGUAUGGAGACGUCCGUACACUGAAACGCAACAUGUAUGGAACCUUAACAUUUAUUGAGACUAGACAUGCAUAUAUGAUCAUGAAUUUGAGAUUGAAAUAUUUUAUCAUACAAAAGUAUGUGCCCGACUUAUUUUGAAAUGAGGAAAUGUUGCAUAAAUGAUUAAUAUGCAAUUUAUUACCAUGAGAUGAUUCAACCACUGCAUGUUAUUACAUGUGAACCUAGAAAGGAUAUGAUGACAGACUAUAGUCGCUUAGUGAACUGAUGAAGGAUGUCUUUAGAUUUCUAUUUUUAUGACCAACGGAUUUUAGAAGACAUGAACAGAUUAAGAAUAGAAAGGACUAUACAAUGAAAGCACUGAACAUAGAAUGACAGAACAUAGAAAGUAUAGAACGGUAGAAGCGUAGAACAUAGAAGAAUAAGGCAUAGAAAGUCGGAAUACAAAAGUUAGAAUAUCAAAGCACGAUACAUGAAAGGAUGACUUGUAGACAGCCAACGAUCGUUUCAGACAAUAGAAGGAUCCUUAUGUCACCAGUAUCACAGUUUUUUUUUUAUUAGAAAGAAUGAAGAAGGAGUCCAACAUUAUUAAUUGAAUGCAGAAUGGCUGGAGAAAGAGGAAGAGGGCCUAACCCUGAAGAACAUGUGCCACGAAUUAUACCAGAGCGUAGUGUGGAAGAAAGGUUUCGCAAGCAUAAUCCACCAACUUUUGAUGGCCUCGGUGAUCCUCUGGAUGCCGAGAGAUGGGUAAGAGCUACUGAAAGGAUACUCAACCAUGUUGGCUGUGGGGAUAGGGAGAAACUAACAUGCGCAAUUUUCCAACUUGUUGAUGAGGCUGAAUUCUGGUGGGAAUCGGUGCGACGAACCUUGACCCCUGAGCAAUGGGAGGCGUAUACGUGGAACGAUUUUAAGGAAAGAUUGUAUGAAAAGUAUAUCCCUGGAUGCUAUAGGAAGAAGAAACAGGAUGAGUUUUGGAAUUUAAGACAGGGAAAUAUGACAGUCACUGAGUACGACCGAAUGUUUAACCAGCUUUCGCGAUAUGCUCCGCAUCUAGUUGACACAGACGAGAAAUGUGCAGAAAAGUUUCGUCAAGGUCUGCGGCUCGAGAUAGCCGUUCCACUAGCAAGUCAGGGAACAUUGACGUAUGCUCAAUCGUUGAGCAGGGCCUUAAACAUCGAAGCAAUACUACCAAAGGAAAAAGAGAAUGUGUCAGCACAAGCACAGACCCAAAACUAUGGAAAAAUGAAACGUAAAUGGGAAGGCGGAAAUGAAGGAAACCCAGGAAAAAUGAAGCAACCAUGGAGAGGAACUCAGCAACAACAAGGACAGGCUGAAGGAAAGCCUUUAUGUCCAACAUGUCAGAAAAAUCACUAUGGUGAAUGCAAGAUAGGCUCCAAUGAUUGCUUUAGGUGCAAGCAACCAGGGCAUUUCGCCAGAGACUGCCCAAACAAUAAUGGAAAUAUGGGAAUUUCACAACCUCAGAACUUUGUCCCUCAAAGGCAGAAUCAAGUACCAAUUGGUAAUGAACGACCAAAUCAGAGACAACCUGCACGUGCUAGGGCUUAUGCUCUUAACCAGCAGCAAGCGGCUCAAGCACUUGAAGAUUUAGAAGGUACAAUUGUCAUAAAUUGACGUAUCUAUUUUAACAUGAAGAGCUUCAUACUUUUAUAUCUCUCCAUGCAUGUGAAUGGUAUGGUGGUGGAAGUUUUCAAGAUGAUAUAUAGAAAUGAUA